AUGACAAUCAAGAACGUCGCCCUCGUGGGCGGUACCGGAACGCUAGGUGCACCGGUCCUCAAGGCCCUCAAAGCGUCUGAGUUCAACAUAUUCGUACUCAACCGCCAAACAUCCAAAUCAGUAUAUCCGAAAACGACCGUCAUCACUGUUCCAGAUGACCUGGAUGUUGAUGCCGUGGCGCAAGCCCUCCGGGAAAACCACAUCGACGCUCUUAUCAUUACGAUUGCUGGAAGCCAUGUCGAAUCACAGAAGAAGCUCAUCGACGCUGCUUUCAAAGGCGGCGUGAAGCGAGUUAUGCCUGCGGAGUUUGGAAGCUGCGACUCCGCAGACCAGAAGACGAAUGAGAUUCUCCCGUUGAUGAAGGGCAAGAAAGUCGUGCGAGAUUACUUGGUGUCGCUAGAGGAUAAAGAGCGCGAGAUUGGAGAGGGCAAGCUGACAUGGACAAGCUUGAUAACCGGGCACUUCUUCGACUACGGUCUGACAUGCGGGCUGCUGAAGUUCGAUGUGAAGGGCCGCAAAGCGUAUAUUCUCGAUGGCGGGAACAUCAAGUUCUCUGGCUCGAACCUCGACUUCAUCGGCAAGGCGGUCAUCAAGAUUCUGGAAAAGCCACAAGAGUCGGCGAACAAGCUGUUGUACAUCCACAGCAACUAUGUCACGCAGCUUGAAGUGCUUGCCGCGCUGGAGAAGAUCACCGGUGACAAGUUCGAGAGGAUCGACCAACAGAGUCAAGCGGAGCUGGACGUUGUCAGGCCUAAAAUGUUGAAUGGCGAUAGAGAGGCGAUGGAGGAAGUUGUCGCAGUGUGGGGAGUUGUUGCUUCGGAUUGGAAGGACAAGGAAGGCUUCGCCAAUUCCACACUAGGGCUCUCGGAGGAAGACCUUGAGCAGACGAUCAAGAAGGUUUUAGCGGAGCUCUGA